AUGACUACGCUGACCUACGCUAGCGCCAUCGACCUCGGCGGCCUGCUGGACCUCGACCUCGCCCAAGCACCUCGGGCGCUGGGACCAUUCAAGCGAGCCCUCGAGAUCCGCCGCGCUCGGCUUGGGCCUGAGGACCCAUUCAUCGCAUACAGUCUAAACAAUAUCGCCCUUGCAUACACCGAGAUGGGUGAGCUGGAGCUCGCACACGAGGCCCAUGCGGAAGCGGUUCGUCUCCGGCGCGAGGCCAAUAGCGACAGGAUCGGCAACUCGUACAGCAACCUGUCGAGCCUCCUGCUGCGGAUGGGCCGUCCCGACGAGGCCGAGGAGAUGCUGGCGCGGUGCCCGUCACUCAAGGACUUCACCGACGAGACGUUCCUGGCGACGGGCAACCCGCGCUUCUCGGGCGAUAUGGUUCUCCUGUCGCGAAUCAGGCUGGCGCAGGGGCGGACGACCGAAGCCAUCAGGCUGGCGUCCAAGGCGCUCGAGUUUCGUCGCGAGCUGCUGGGCAACCGGCUGAAGACGUGCGACUCGCAGUAUGAUGUGGCGCGCAUGCUCGCCCUGGAAGGAUUUGAGAGCUCGGCCAUCCAACUUCUAGAGGAGAUUGUCAGCAUCUCCGAGACAUUUGUGGAGGGCCAAGGGCAGCGAGCCAGGGCCCUCUACAAGCUCUCUGGGAUUUAUCACAAAGGCGGCAAGAAGGCAUCGAGCGACGAGUGCAAGCAGCGAGCCCUGGAGCUGCGCGCAGACAUGAGGCCGGAGCGUAGUGAUGCGCCGUUUGAAGAGGCAGAGUUUGGAAAGCUCUGCUCGUGGAUGCUUUGGUGA